GAGUUACAUUUUAUAUGGAUUUUUGGCUGCUAUUGGUGCUUUCUUUACCUACUGGUUUGUCCUGAGAUCGGAUAACCAAGAAACCGAAGAAGAAGUUGAAGAAGAAAACAAGGAAUAUGUUGAUGAUGGAAGGCCAAAGAUGCUCAUUCUCUAUGGUUCUCAAACAGGUACAGCUGAAGAAUUCUCUAAUACAUUAGCACAAGAUGCUAAAAAGUACGGCUUUAAUGCUGUUGCUAAGGAUAUGGUUGACUUUGAGCCUGACCAAAUUUCAAAUGAAAAACUUGUCAUCCUAAUGGUUGCAACUUACGGUGAGGGUGAACCAACUGAUAACGCUCGUGAUUUUUAUGAAUACUACAAAGACACAAGUAUUUCCUCUGAUAUGCUUUCAGGUGUCAAGUUUUCUGUUUUUGGAUUGGGUAACAAGCAAUACAAGAUUUACCAAGCAAUGGCGAGAUUCUUUGAUAAAAGAUUUGAAGAGCUCGGUGGUGAAAGAUUCUUUAGAAAGGGAGAAGGUGAUGCUGAUGCUGAUAUUGAAGAAGAUUUUGAAGAAUGGAAGUCACACAUGUUAUUGACAGCUUCUGACAUUUUCUCUACAACCAUUACAGAAGAAGAAGAGGAAUAUGAACCAAAGUUUACUCUCGACUUCUUAAAGAAGAAUAUUGCCAUGACCCCAUUCAAAUCAUCAAGUUCUGCUCCUGAUGCUAAACACCCAUUCUUGGCUACCAUUAGUAAGAAGGAACAAUUGUUGAAGAGUUCUGGAUCGGAUAAUAGAAGUACUGUUCAUGUAGAUUUCAACAUUACUGAUAGUGGAAUCAAAUAUGAAGCAGGCGAUCACUUGGCUGUCUAUCCAGCUAAUAAUGAAAAUUUGGUAAAUGCUUAUUUGGCUAGAAUCGGAAUUACUAAUGAACAAGCCGAUGCACCAUUCCAAUUGAGAAAUCACAAAGAUAACAGAUUGGCUAGUUAUUUCCCAAAGGAUGCAAUGACUCUCAGAAUUGCAUUCACUUAUUAUAUGGAUCUUAAUGAACUCGCAAAGAAGAAAGCUUUCAAAGUUAUGGCUCACUAUGCUCAAAAUGAAUCUGAACGUACUGAACUCAAACUUCUUGCUUCAAAUAGCGAGGAGGGUAAAGCCAAGUACAAUUCUUUUGUUAAGGAAGGAUGUCGUAAUGUUCUUGAGGUUUUGAAUCAUUUCACAUCUGUCAAGUUACCAGUUGACGGCCUUUUAGAAAUUGUUCCAAAGAUGCAAGUUCGUUACUACUCUAUUGCUUCCUCAUCUCAAUUACAUCCAAAUACUAUUUCCGCCGUUGUUGCUGUUGUCAAGUAUACUACUCCAAUCGGAGCAAACAAGGAAGGUGUCUGUUCAUCAUAUUUGGAAAGAAUUGAUGUAGACAAAAAGGCUUUUAUUUAUGUUCGUCAAUCAAGUUUCCGUCUUCCACAAGAUCCAAAGACUCCUGUUAUCAUGGUUGGACCUGGUACUGGUAUUGCUCCAUUCCUUGGAUUCCUUGAACAAAGAACAGCUAUGAAGAAUAGAGGAGUUGAACUAGGACCAUGUCAUCUCUAUUUUGGUUGUAGAAAGAGAGGUGAAGAUUAUAUUUAUAGUGAAGAAAUGGAAAAGGCAGAAAGAGAUGGUGUUAUUUCUCUUUUAGAUGUUGCCUUCUCUAGAGAUCAAGGAAAUAAGGUUUACGUUCAACAUAGAUUAGAAUCUAGAAGUGAAGAAUUAUUCAACUUUUUGAAUAAUGGUGGCUAUUUCUACAUUUGUGGUGAUGCUAAACAUAUGGCAAAGGAUGUAGAAAAUGUAAUGUUGAACAGUAUUCAAAAAUAUGGUAGAAUGACUGAAAAGGAUGCCCAAGAUUAUUUGGAAAAAUUAGGUCACAGAUAUCAAAAGGAUGUUUGGUCCAAUUAAAGAAGUUUCAAAACUAAUAAAUAAUAAUUU